GACUGCAUCUUGCUGUCUAAAGAGGUGAUAUUUCACAAUGAGGCGUGCUGCAGCUUUUCUGGCGUUGCUGCUCUGUCUGUACUGGACGGGGGCUCAGGGUGAGAGUGGAGGGCUGGCGGGGAAUGAUGUCACUCAGAUUGAGAUUCAGUCUGAGAUCCUGGGUGUCAAAUCAACCAGUGAUCAGACCAACAUCACCCCUGACAUCUGGGCUGAGCUGAAGGAGCUGAGAGACAUGGCCAUCGAACACAGUGUGGAGCUGAGGAACAGCAAGAGCAAGAUGGAGAAGCUGGAGCAGGAGAAUACAGCCAUACAGACCAGACUGACAGCCAGUGAAAGCAAGAAUGCAGUGUUGGAGUCCAAAAUGACCGACAGUGAAAAUGUGGUCAAAGAGCUCCAGAGUGAGAACACAGAGUUGGAGUCCAAAAUCAACGCCAGUGAAAAUGUGGUCAAGGAGCUCCAGAGAGAGAACACAGAAUCCAGGUAUUUCCAAUACACACCAUUCCAAGCUUCUCUUGGUUUUCACAACGGUCCACAACAUCUUAACAUACCAAGAAUGAACGCCAGUGAAAACGAGGUGGAGGAGCUGAAGAGACAGAUUGCAGACCGACCAAAGGUGGCGUUCUCACUUGGUCUCACUGACAGCGGAACAAUUGGACCCUUCAAUACUGACACCACACUCAAGUUCAGUAAAGUCUUCACCAACUUUGGUCAGGCCUACAGUCCAACUACAGGUCUCUUCACAGCCCCAGUCAGAGGAGCCUACUACUUCUCAUUCACUCUACUGGAUGGCCGGAGUAACACAUGGAGGGAUGUUUUCCUGUAUCACAAUGACAAGAGAGUGUUGUGGAGUCAAAAUUACAGUGCAAAUGGCUACGAAAGUGUUUCUAAUUCACUGGUUGUUCAGCUGGAAAAGGGGGAUGUGUUCUACCUGGUUUUAUAUGCUGGCGAUAGUGUAUUCGAUGAUACUAAUGAUCGUACUACCUUUAAUGGAUUUCUGCUUUUUCCACUGUGAGACUCAA